GUGAUUUCUAAAGCUAGGUUGAUAUGGUCUACGACUAUAAGGAGGUAGUGCGGAAGCGAGUCAGCAAAUAUGUGGUAUCUUAACCUCAUAAAUACAAAAUUCAUUAAAAUUUUUCAAAAAUAUUUUAAUCGACAUCCUACAGUAUUAAUGUUUUUUCCGACAACGUCUGUGCAAAGACCCCCUAGACCAUUUGCAUCCCAGAGUGAUAUUUGUGUUGGACUGGACCAUCCGAUGUACACUUUCAGCGCACGGCAGGGGCACAGAUGGCCGUACACAGUAUGCACCGCCAAUGCAGGCGAAGAUAGCCCGAGAAUAGAGUGCAGGCAUAAAAAUCAAAGCUGGGAUUCAGAAUCACCCGGGGCAGCUUCCAGCACAACGGUAACGGCUGGAACACAGGACGAGCUUGGAGUGCUUGCCGAGCUCAAAAUGUACUUGGGCGAACGGCUGGAUGAACAAUGGCUGGUUUUACAUCAAAUGGCGCAGUGUGUAGAGGAUAUAAACCGACAGCUUGGCACCCUACUGUUAUCGCAGCAGCAGCAGCAGGGCGUAUUUCCAGAUGCCGAAAAUGUAUUGGCAAUUAAUGGCCUAGGCAUAUGGACACAGCGCAUUCCCAUGGCCCAGCAGCAGUUUAAACACCAGCAGCAGCAGCAGCAGCAGCAGCAGCAACUGCCCGUGCGGUUUAAUCCUCAGACGCCAAUGCCCGCGGUUACGCAGCACGCCAGCAUGGCAGCCAGUACCAUUGCGCUAAGAGUGCCGUCGUACUUGGCCGAGCUGCAAGCCAAGCCAGCAUCUCCACCUGUGGUGAGAAAAAAGCGCUACGCCCCUCUGGCUAUCCGCGGGUUCAUGAACUCUCACGAGCAUGUGCUACCAUCAGCGGCAGCAACAAAAGAUUACAUGGCUGCUCAUGGCUUGGUUGGUUCAGGCAACAAUUUAGCACAUAUUGCCGAUCAGACACAGCCGCUGAUGGAUUGCGGCCACCGCGAGUUCAUUGGUUCCAAUUGGCUUGCCACAGCUGAGCGGGAGCAUGUUGGCAGCGACAGCUGCAGUGAGCGCAAUGCAACACUGGAAAAUACAAGCUCACGCUUAAUGCCAGUAGUGCACAAACGGCCGCCGCCGCCUGCGCCGCCACUCCCACCUUUUCUGCCUGCGUCAAAGCCGGCUGUGAAGGCUCCGGCUUCAAAACCCUACGGACCCGGUUUUUUGCACCCAGCAGUUCCGCAUGCUCCCGAUCUGCCACUGCCCGCAGCCACGCAAAUAGAUCUGGUGUCACAGCCAAUCAACCGCAGCCAAGCCCUCACUCCACCAGCAUUAUCCUUGCGCCAAGCGGGGCCCGACCAAAUCCAGCGUUUUUGCUCGAGUUUGCCAUCCUCAGUUGCUGCACAUACACCUGCUGCUUUGCGUGCAAAUGGUUCUUCCACGUCAGCAAAGGUGGAGGCGGAGGGCAAAGCUGCGACGGAUGCUUACUCGGAGCUUGAUAAAAAACCGGCGACUUUACCACGUUCAUUCGCAAUUAGCGGUGACAACACUGCCAAUAAUUACUCAACUCCAUCUGUGUGUCCGACAUGCUCCGUGGGCCGCGCGGCCGCAUUGGCCACUGCCAGGCUGACACCCGCUGACAAUCAGCACGACCAAGCUCAAGCUCAAGACCGAGACCGAGACCGAGACCGAGACCGAGAUCAAGCCCAAGCUCAAACUCGAGACCGAGACCAAGCCCAAACUCAAGACCGAGACCAAGCUCAAGCUCAAGCUCAACCUCGCGCUCCACGGUCAAUUAGGUCGGUCAUGGAGCUUGCGCGCAUGUUUGACAGGCCAAAUUAGAACCAUUUAACGCAUUCGCUGUUGCUUUAAAUUAAAAGCAUUUUGUGCACAUAAUGAAAUGAUACGAUAUCGCCCAAUGUUAUUAUUUGCCGUUUACAUCGUGG